AUGCCAUGACUUAAUAAACGCUCUCUCGCUCUCUUUCACACACACACAUACACACACACACACACACUGUAAUGCGUAUUAAAGUGCGGUUGAAUUACACAAUUCAUUUUUAGAUACUUUAGGAUGAUUUGGUCAUGAAGCACGAAAAUGCUAAAUAUCUAAGGCCUUUCCCACAACUUUUACAACUUUGAACAGGGAGAGGGUGAGUCAAUGGAUUGCUUGCUGAUCACAAUUGCGCAUGUGCUAACAGUCAAUACGAUCAAGAGUAGCAGCCUUAAUGCUGAGCAACAUUUCAUGGAAAAAUGUGAAUAACACGUGAACAUCGCAGUUCAAAUAUAACCCGUUUUUCCGUAUGGUUGUGGGAUUUUCCUUUUUUUCUCUCCCAAGUAAUAAGAAAUUGCUUUCAUUGAUAACUACCGCACUGCGCAGUGACGGUUGGGGGAAGUUCACAAUUGGAGUAGCUACCCCAGACGCCGGCGGAGUGUCUGUUACAUCAAGCGCUGUAAAAAGCUACUUCAGAGCAGACCAUCCACAUUUGCGUGUUUUGACAUCUUUAGGGACAGACAUCAUACAUUUCGUAUAGUGGGGAAGUCAUUGAAAAACAUAAAUAUUUUUCUUCUUGUUUCAAAAAUGGCCGCAGCAAUGGUGGAAAUGGACGGAAGUAUAAUGGAGGGUGGCGGGCAAAUUUUGAGAGUAUCUGCCGCACUGAGUUGCAUCAACGGCGCUUCCAUCAGAAUAAACAAAAUUCGCGCAGGUAGAGGUACACCAGGAUUAAGACCACAGCAUCUGUCAGGGUUGGAGUUGGUGAGGGACAUUUGUUGUGGAAAUCUUGAGGGAGGCUCAGUGGGAUCUACAGAAGUCACACUCACCCCUGGGAAAAUAAAAGCUGGGAAUCACACCGCAGACCCACAAACGGCAGGGAGUGUGGGGCUGCUGCUGCAGGUCUCUCUACCCUGUGCCCUGUAUGCUGAUGGCCCCUCUGAGCUCUGUCUGAAGGGGGGCACCAACGCGGACAUGGCCCCGCAGAUUGACUACACCAUCAAGGUAUUCAAGCCCAUUGUGGAGAAGUUUGGUGUACAUUUCAACUGUGACUUGAGAAUGAGGGGCUACUACCCCAAAGGCGGAGGUGAGGUGGUGGCUAAGGUUAGCCCAGUGAGCGAGCUGAGCCCUGUCAACAUGACCGAACGAGGAACCAUCUCCAAGAUCUAUGGAAGGUCCUUUGUUGCUGGGGUUUUACCCUAUAAGCUUGCCAAGGACAUGGCAACGACGGCAACAAGAGUUAUCAGGCGAGAGAUAAAGGACCUUUACAUCAACAUCCAAACACUGCAGGAGAAGGACAUGGCCUGUGGAAGCGGCAACGGCAUCAUAAUCAUCGCAGAGUCUUCCACAGGCUGUAUAUUUGCAGGGUCAGCUCUUGGCAAGAAAGGUGUUUACCCAGACAAAGUGGGCUUCGAGGCUGCAGAGAUGCUGCUCAGGAAUAUAAGGCACAACGGCUGUGUGGACGAGUUUCUGCAGGACCAGCUCAUCCUUUUCAUGGCCUUGGCGAACGGCAUCUCCAGAAUCCGCACUGGCCCAGUCACCCUACACACGAAGACUGCCAUCCAUGUGGCAGAACAGCUCACCCAGGCCAAGUUUACAGUGACCAAGGCAGAUGACGAGAAUGCCAGCAAUGACACCUACAUCAUCGAGUGCCAAGGAGUGGGUGUCACCAACCCUCAUUUCUAGCCACGCCCAUGUGUCUAACCGCCCCUUUUAUGUUGUCUCCACCUGCAGCCGUGGAUAGAAGAGGCACUGGAGACACUACUGUGUCACCUAACGGUCGGAUGCUGCUUCUAUUUAUAUUAGGAUUUAUUAUGGCACGAUAUUCAAGCAAAUGAAUUAUUGGUUUACAAAUGCACAGCCACAUGACAGUUGGUCAUCGUUGUCCUUUCCCCCUAUUGCAUUAACUGUCAUUACCCUCGUAGCUUGUAUAACUCAGGGUAUUAAUGCCUUACACUGUUAUAAUAAAAACAUUAGAUUUCUGUGUAGAAGGGGUGUACGUUUCAGCAGUCUGUUGAAGCGCCUCAGUGCAUACAGGCUUUUAUGGCAAAAAAACAUUGUUCAUGGUCUCUGUCCCUAGUUGAUCAUUGUAGUUCCAUUUUGCUUCAUACGGGGAGGAUUUCUGUAUUUUGAAAGAUAUGUCUUGAAAACGUGAUUGCUAACAGGCAACAUUUUGGGGCUAUGACAACAAUGGACUUAUGAAACAAAGACCAAUAUGUUGUUUUUGGGUGGAGUUUUCCUUUAAGUCAAUUAUUUCACUUAUUAGAUUUUUUUUUUGGUGCAUUGUUUGUCACUCAGGUAAUGCAGAUUAGACUGCAGAGUUGUGUUGACUACUGUAUUAGUCAGAUAAUGUUUAAAAGACAAUUUGGAGAUUUGUUUUCCACAUUGUUUUGAGAAAAUAUGAAUAAAAUACCUUAUUUUUGCCUGAUCUGAA